CUAGCUCAAAGAUAUGGCAAGACACAACUAAGUUUACAGCAAUCCCCUUCUUUGUUUCUUCAUUUAGAGUUGUUACUGUGCCCCCCUUUCUAUAAAGGGGAGUUUCUGAAAGCUCUUUAGACCCAUUCUACACGAAGAAAGAAGUCGAUAUGAAGAUGGGUGAGAGCACUGCCAACAAGAACUACCUUCCUCAUAACCAAGUGUUUGAUCUUUCCCUUGACGUGCAUACUCAAGGCGGCUCCAAGUGCUUCGAUGAUGAUGGCCGCCUCAAGCGAACUGGGACUGUUUGGACUGCAAGUGCUCACAUAAUAACAGCUGUUAUAGGGUCCGGAGUUUUGUCCCUUGCAUGGGCCACAGCUCAGCUGGGAUGGAUUGCAGGGCCAACUGUCAUGUUCUUGUUUUCUUUUGUCACCUACUACACUUCUACACUUCUGGCUGCUUGUUACCGUACAGGGGACUCUGUCAAUGGCAAGAGAAAUUAUACUUACAUGGACGCUGUUCGAUCCAGCCUUGGUGGAGUUCAAUUUAUGAUAUGUGGGCUUGUUCAAUACCUGAAUCUUUUUGGUGUUUCCAUUGGCUAUACGAUUGCCUCAUCUAUAAGCAUGAUGGCUAUAGGAAGGUCAAACUGUUUCCACAAGAGUGGUGGCAAGAAUCCAUGCCUUAUGAAUAGCAACCCAUAUAUGAUCGGUUUUGGGGUGGCACAAAUUAUUUUCUCUCAAAUUCCUGACUUCGAUCAGUUAUGGUGGCUCUCCAUUGUUGCUGCAGUCAUGUCCUUCACUUACUCAACAAUUGGUCUCGGUCUUGGCAUUGCUAAAGUUGCAGAAACUGGAACUAUCAGGGGAAGCUUAACUGGAAUAAGUAUUGGCACUGUCACUGAAACCCAAAAGAUAUGGAGGAGCUUCCAAGCGCUGGGAGACAUAGCCUUUGCCUAUUCUUACUCCAUCAUCCUCAUUGAAAUUCAGGACACAGUAAAAGCCCCACCAUCAGAGGAAAAGACAAUGAAGAAGGCAUCACUACUUAGUGUUGCAGUAACAACUCUAUUCUACAUGCUUUGUGGCUGCUUUGGCUAUGCCGCCUUUGGAGACUCAUCACCUGGAAAUCUCCUCACUGGUUUUGGUUUCUAUAACCCUUACUGGCUGCUUGACAUAGCCAAUGCAGCCAUUGUUAUCCACCUUGUUGGUGCAUACCAAGUUUACUGCCAACCCCUCUUCGCAUUCAUUGAGAAACAAGCUGCUGCAAGAUUCCCAGACAGUGACUUUAUCACCAAAGAGAUUAAAAUUCCAAUUCCAGGAUUUAGACCCUUCAGUCUCAACCUCUUCCGAUUGGUUUGGAGGACAAUUUUCGUAAUCGUAACCACUGUGAUUUCGAUGCUUCUUCCAUUUUUUAAUGAUGUAGUUGGUCUCCUUGGAGCUCUGGGAUUUUGGCCACUCACAGUGUACUACCCUGUUCAGAUGUACAUAGAACAAAUGAAGAUAGAAAAGUGGAGCCUAAAAUGGCUUUGCCUCCAAGUCCUAAGUUUCGCUUGCCUUGUUAUCACCAUUGCUGCAGCUGCUGGGUCUAUUGCAGGCAUUGUUCUUGAUCUUAAGGCUUAUAAGCCCUUCUCCACCACCUACUAAUUCUUCCAAAGACAAGGAAGAAUUAUGAUUAUUAGGAUUUUCAGUUCUUGUUCUUGUUCAUGUUCAAUGUUCAAUGUUCAUAUCCACCUAAACAGCCAUGUCACUGGUAUUGCUCUUAGUUUACUGUUGUUUCUUUUUCAUCUUUCAAACAAAGACAGAACGAAUGUACCCAUGGACGUAGAAUCGAAUAAUUCCUGCGUCCUCAUUUAAGCUAUAUGUAACGAUGUCUAUUUCUCAAAUGAAAAAACACAGUGAGCUAGGCCACUUACUGCUAUUAUCUCUGUGUCCAUUCAUUUAUUGUACAUCUAUUAGCCAUCAAAGUAAUACCAUAAAAGUUAUCGGCA